AUGGAGUCCAAACUCAUCAAACAUAACCCAGACACAAAGCUCAGAAGCAAAACGGCGCUAGAUACGACGUUCCUUGUGAAAAGCACAACCCCGUAUAUGGGCGCUAUUAAGCGAAUUGACCGAAUGCUUGAAAAGUUCGAUACCACUGGCGUCAACCAUAAGAAGUACCAGCUGGGAGAGUAUAAGAAAGUACGGUUUGUCACGGUGAAGGCGAUGGGAAAGGCUAUAAAUACGGCAAUCUCUGUGGGCCUUCAUUACCAGACGAAGAAGCUGUACAAGGUGGAUGUCAAGACAGGUACAGUGGAAGUACUAGAUGAGAUCAGACAAGCACUGGAGCAUUCUACCAAAGAUAGUGACGACGAGGAGUCUACGUAUAAGAAGAGAAGCGCUAGUUAUGUGGAUAUCAAAAUCUGGCUCAAGAGGGAUACUUAA